GCAUCAUGCGUAUACAUAUAUAGAUAUAUGUAUAUGAUUCAUGUGUAUAAAAGACUGAGCUUCUUACGACCAUUUAUAAAUUAGUUAAAUUUUUCGCAAGGGUAGUAUCACCUUACCAUCGUUACAAGCGCUAUACUUAGAAUUCGUAAAUCAACAUCUACUUAAAAAUGCUACGAGUUACAAAUAUUCCAAUGCUAAGACCUACAAAUUUGGUAAAAGUCAUUGACUUAAAUAUCAGAUGUUUAGCAACACAAGCAGUUGUAAAAAAUGCAAGAGUGGAAAAACCAAAGAAAAGUACUGUGGCCAAAGAAUCCCAGUCCUUUGUCAUGAAUAUUUUUCGUGGUCAAUUACAAACCAGCCAAGUAUUUCCAUUCCCAGAAAGUUUAACUGAGGAACAAACUGAUACAUUGAAAAUGUUGGUUGAUCCUAUAGAAAAAUUCUUUGAGGAAGUAAAUGAUCCAAUGAAAAAUGAUGAUACUGCAUCAAUAGAUGAAAAAACCUUGGCAGCAAUGUGGGAACUUGGAGUGUUUGGACUUCAAGUUCCACAACAUUAUGGUGGAUUAGGAUUAAAUAAUACUCAGUACAGCAGGUGUGUUGAAAUCUGUGGAUAUCAUGAUUUAGGUGUUGCUAUCGCUUUGGGUGCACAUCAAAGUAUAGGAUUUAAGGGUAUACUUUUAUUUGGCACACCAGAACAAAAGGACAAAUAUUUGCCAAGAGUUUGUAGUGGAGAAUAUGCAGCAUUUUGUCUUACAGAACCAAGUUGUGGUUCGGAUGCAGGUUCUAUUCGUUCCAGAGCAGUUAAAUCACCAGAUGGAUCACAUUAUAUUUUAAAUGGUAGCAAAAUCUGGAUAUCAAAUGGUGGUAUAGCAGAGAUAAUGACUGUGUUUGCACAAGUCCCUACAAAAGAUCCAGAAACAGGUGAAAUUAAAGAUAAAAUCACUGCGUUUAUUGUUGAAAGAUCAUUUGGUGGUGUAACUAAUGGGCUACCAGAAAAGAAAAUGGGUAUUAAAUGCAGUAAUACGGCGGAAAUAUAUUUUGAAGAUGUUAAAAUACCAGCAGAGAAUGUCUUAAGUGCUGAAGGACAAGGUUUUAAGGUUGCAAUGAGUAUCUUAAAUAACGGCCGAUUUGGGAUGGCAGCCGCUCUUUCCGGUACUAUGCGCUAUUGCAUUAAAAAAGCAGUUGAUCAUGCGACACAACGCGUACAAUUUGGACGUACAAUAGAUAAUUACGGAAGUAUCCAAGAAAAAUUGGGUCGUAUGGCAAUGUUGCAUUAUGUAACCGAAACACUUGCAUAUACAAUUUCUGGUAAUAUGGAUAAUGGAAGUCAAGAUUAUCACUUAGAAGCUGCAAUUUCUAAAUGUUUUGCGUCAGAAUCUGCAUGGUGGGUUUGUGACGAAGCUAUUCAAGUAUUAGGAGGAAUGGGAUUCAUGAAAGAAGCUGGCCUCGAACGAGUUAUGCGAGAUGUUCGUAUCUUUAGAAUUUUUGAAGGAACUAACGAUAUUCUUCGUCUUUUCGUUGCUCUUACUGGAAUUCAGUAUGCAGGAAGUCAUUUAAAAGAAUUACAGAAUGCAUUUAAAAACCCUACUGCUAAUUUAGGAUUGAUUUUUGGGGAAGCAACCAAAAGAGCAACGCGAGCCAUUGGAUUGGCAUCAGUACCUAAUUUGACAAAUUUAGUCCAUCCGAGUUUGGAAGAAAGUGCAACAUUAUGUGCCAAGAGCAUUGAAGUUUUUGGACCAUGCAUCGAAUCCGCUCUUAUCAAGCAUGGACGAAAGAUUGUAGAUGAGCAAUUUAUUCUUAAUAGAAUAUCUCAAGCAGCAUUUGAUACAUACACUAUGGCUGCAGUAUUAAGUCGAGCAAGUAGGUCUGCAAAUAAAAAUAUUCCAAGUGCGGAACACGAGCUGCUCAUGGCCAAAACUUGGUGUGCUGAAGCAGCCAGUCGUAUAGACCAAAACUUAAAGUCAGUUUCAUCCGGCAAACAAUUAGAAAUAUUUAGUAAUUUAAGUAAAAUUUCAAGGAACAUGUGUGAUGCUGGAGGAUACGUUCAACUGAACCCAUUAGGUUUUUAAUUAUACAUAAAAUUGUUGUAAUAUGUGCAAGGAAUAUCAUUGAAAGAUUUCUAAUAUAAAUUAAACUGAGAAUUACGAAAUAUAAUGGUCACUUUAAAUGACAAAUAAUAUAGUACUUUUUAGAAUACUUGAAUAAAUAACAUAACACUAGAGGUAUUAAGUUCAUAAUUAUAUUGAAUAUUUUUGAUAUUUUUACACAAAAUAGAUAUUGUAAAUAAAUUGUUAUAAAAAAUAUUAUACACAUAAAGAUAGAUGCUAUUUAUUUUUCAUUAAUUCUCACAAAAUAGUGAAUUGAAUUCUUAAGAAAUAGAUUAGUAUACAUUAUAUUUGUGUAAUUUUUAUGUAGUAAACUAAAUUAAGUAGAAGUGUAUUUACUCUUUUUGAUUAUAUGUAUAUCAAACAAUAUUCGAUAACAUUACUCCCACUUUCUCUCCCGUUGAAGAUAACUUUUAUAUUAAAUAUCAGAAAAACGAAGUAUCAGACGUAUUUUAAAUUAUAAUUAAUAUUAAUUAUUAAUUACUUUCUUCUAAUUUUAAGUGCACAGUUUAACAAUAUCACAACAUUACACAAGGGUAAGAAUAUACUUUCUGAUCAUUUUACAUCUUUUUAUAACAUGGAAGCACACAUAAUAAUUGCAUAACUAUUUUAUGAUGUAAAGUUUAUAGCAUCCAUAUAAGACAUUAAUAACGUUAAGUAUAGCAUAAAAUACAUGCAGAAACAUAGAAUUAUAUAUUUUUAUACUAUAAAAAGUAUCACUUAAGUUUGAGAUUCAAAUUAUUAUUUUCUUUUUCAACUUAUAACCCAAAUUUACCACUAACAUUCGAUUCUUGAUUAUACAAAAAUUAGCAAUAAAAUUAAAUACGAUAUUUAUUAUUGGAAAUCAGAAUGUUAAAUUUUGUAUAAAUAACUAAUAUAAUUUUAUAAAUAUGUUAGAUUUUUUAAUUAUACAUUGGCAGUGUUUUGCUCCAAUUUUUGGUAAUCAAGAAUAUAAUAAUUUGGUUCCCAAACUUUAAGCUAUGUAAAGUAUUUAACAUGUUUAAUAAAUAUCAUUACAAGUAAAUGAGAUAAAAUGAUGUGAAACUAU